AUGAGCCCUACACUGAAGAAGCCUCCUAGAGAGAUGUGCCGGGGCCGCGCAACAGACUAGAUCCAAGCCCCGAAGCUUACACCACCAGUUAUCCCCUCUCCUUCAUCCCCUUCGCCCGCCUUUUCUGCACCCCAUCCCUUGAAACCUCGGAUCAGUGCCUGCGCCGCGCUCCGGAGAGCCCUGCCGGGGAAAAACCCGGUGCCCAAGGAGAGACGGGGCGGCCGUGCUAGAUGCAUGGGGGAGGGCUCCGGUUAAUGCAAGUUCUGGGCUCCUGCAGGGACCCCGACAACUGUCAGCAGCAACAGCAAUUCGGGCCCUCCUCCUCUGCUUCCUCAGCGAUGCUUUUCCACAGUCUUUCCGGCUCGGAGAUGCACGGGGUCAUCGACGAGAUGGAUCGGAGAACCAAAAGCGAAGCACCGGCCAUCAGCUCGGCUAUAGACAGGGGAGAGACGGAAACGACCAUGCCUUCCAUCAGCAGUGACAGGGCUGCCCUAUGCGCCGGCUGCGGGGGUAAAAUCUCCGACCGUUAUUACCUCCUGGCUGUGGACAAACAGUGGCACAUGCGCUGCCUGAAGUGCUGUGAAUGUAAACUCAACCUGGAGUCCGAGCUCACCUGCUUCAGCAAGGACGGCAGCAUCUACUGCAAGGAGGACUAUUACAGGAGGUUUUCGGUGCAGAGAUGUGCGAGAUGUCACCUGGGGAUUUCUGCCUCCGAGAUGGUCAUGAGGGCCAGGGAUUUGGUAUAUCACUUAAAUUGCUUCACUUGCACCACUUGCAACAAGAUGCUGACCACUGGCGAUCACUUUGGCAUGAAGGACAAUCUGGUGUACUGCCGCCUCCAUUUCGAGACUCUCAUCCAGGGGGAGUACCAGGUGCAUUUCAAUCACUCGGAUGUAGCCGCUGGGAAGGGCCCGGCUUUGGGAGCGGGCUCUGCCAACACUUUGGGACUGCCUUAUUACAAUGGCGUGGGGACUGUCCAGAAGGGGAGACCCAGGAAAAGAAAAAGCCCGGGGCCUGGAGCAGAUCUGGCAGCCUACAAUGCAGCUUUAAGUUGCAAUGAAAACGAUGGUGACCACCUGGACAGAGACCAGCAAUACCCCAGCAAUCAGAAAACAAAGCGCAUGAGGACGUCCUUCAAACACCACCAGCUGCGGACAAUGAAGUCAUACUUUGCUAUUAACCACAACCCUGAUGCCAAGGACUUGAAACAGCUAGCUCAGAAAACUGGCCUCACCAAAAGAGUUCUUCAGGUUUGGUUUCAAAAUGCUCGAGCCAAAUUCAGACGGAACCUCUUACGUCAAGAAAACACAGGGGUGGAUAAGACUUCAGACUCAACACUCCAAGCAGGGACCCCAUCAGGUCCUGCCUCAGAAAUAUCCAAUGCCUCCAUGAGUCCAUCCAGCACUCCCACUACUUUAACAGACUUGACUAAUCCCACUAUGCCAACUGUGACGUCGGUCCUGACAUCAGUGCCCGGAAGUCUUGAGGUUCAUGAAUCUCGAAGUCCUUCACAGACAACUCUUACAAAUCUUUUCUGAUGACUCUUUCUUAAUAAUUUCUUUAAAAAAGAAAUUAUUCUUAGCUGAAAUUCCAAGUGUAUUUUAAUAGAGGCUUUGAGCAACUGACUAACCACAAUUAGGAUCUCUCCUAAAAAACAGAAGGAAAUGUAGUGUUCUGGUAUUAUGGAGUAUGGACUGAAGAAUAACUUGGAAGAUCUAUUGCAACACAACAUUUGUGUAACUGUACAGUUUUGUGGACUGAGUAAGGGAAACAGCAAUUAAUUUAAGUUGGCUAAAGCUUCUGUAUUUUCAAAGACUGCCAUGUGCCUUAUAUACUGUUUUAUCUACAUUCUUUGGAUUCCAUGUCCACUUCUCUCUUUUUCUCUCUGUAUAUUUAUGACCAGGGCAAAAAAUGUUAAAGAGUUUGUUACUUUGAAUAGUCCUAAGCCUUUCAUUGGUUGCUUUCUUGUUUUAGAAUUUUAAGGUCGAAGUCUGUUCGAAUACCUGAAUUUGUAAAA